UUCUUCUCCGUUCUUAUUCUCAUCGUAGGAACUACUGUUUAUCAAUUUGGCGUACCUAGGUACAUACUCAUCUAUUUUAAAUUGCGACCAUGAGUUCCGAGGACUCCGAUUUCUAUGGCGACGACGAAGUUCUGGCAGAUCUCAAAGCCAAAGUAAAGGUAUUCGACGUUGAAGCUUGGUGGGAACAAUACCGAACUCUCGAUACACCGCUCAAGAUGCAGGCGCAAAAGAAGGAAACCGUAGAUAUCUCUCAUCUCCAUAACCCGUAUGCCGGUCUUAAGAACGCCUGGCAACUUACCGAGACCAUUGAAGAAUUCGUACAACGCGUUCCGCCUGCAACAACAGACGAAACUCCAGAAGACCCCUGGAUUUGGGUUUGUAAUCCAUACAUCAAUCGCAAAAAGAAACAUGAAGCAAGUAAUCAAAUGAUCCCCGGCGGCGAAGACGAAGCCCCCGAAGAGGUUGGCGCAGACUUGCCUAGUGUGGUUGAGGGCGGGAUGGCAAGACUACAUCUUGCCUCAGAAUUCAUCGAUGCAUGCAAGAAGUCCGGAAACCAGCCAGGUGCUAUCACUCGAGAAUGUCGAAAAGCCGGGAUGGACGCGGCCAAAGAUAUUCUCAACCUCGCAAGGAUGCUACGCGUGAGAUGUGGCAAGUGGAUGCUCUUCUGUUCUGUCUUCCAGGUUAACGAGGUUUGGGAGACUGUCGCCAAAGCUACGGCAAAUAAUGAGCUUGGUAUUGGCGCCAAGGUUGCGCCACGAUCGACUACGGAUAAGAGAACGGACCGGCUCAUCUGCGUCUACACUGCCGAUUUCUCCGAUACGAAGGACGUCAAGAGAGUCGCCGAGAAGUUGAAGCAGCUCGGACUCAUCCAGGCUAGGGAUCGAGCAAUUUACUACAAACCUGAUGUGUACACUUACCUAGGCAUAGCACGUGGCAAUCCUUGGGAGAUAAGGGCCUCUAUAUACGAUAGUACCUCUAUGCUUAAGAAAGGGUAGGAUGGGAGAAGAGAGCCAGAAUCGAAGAAAAUGGAGAAAUAUGAGUUCUCAUGGAAAAUAGUUGAAUUCGUCGAGAUACCCUUUGCCACCGAAAGCUUGCUUCAUGCAUAAUCAGAGACUUUGAGAAGUACAAGUACUAAUCUGAAUGUGACCCAAAUAGGAUCCCAAUGCUUACUUACUACCCUUUUAACGCCACCAAUGCAUUGACCUUCCAUGCUAAUA